CUUGGCAUUUCUGUCUCACGCGCCCGACUGUCAAGAACUGUACAGUCAGCAAGUGAAACAACUGUUCAUCGCAGAAGUCGCACUGCUUCAACUACAUUGGCAAACAUGGCGGAAAGCAAAGGAAGAGCUUAUGGCAUGUCUGCAGAUGUCCAACGAAGGUUAGAUGCCAAGUACGAUAAGGGUGUGGAGAUGGACGCGAGGAAAUGGAUCGAGGACGUACUUGGGGAGAAAGUGGCAUGGGGAUCAGAUGACGAUGGUCCCGGAAGUGGAUUUGCUCACGGAUUGAAGAGCGGGGAAGUUCUCUGCAAACUCGCCAACAAGCUGCAGCCUGGAGCCGUCAAGGUGAAUGAUACAUCGAAAGUCUCAAAUCCUGCGAUGAAAACGAACAAAGAGAAAGAAAACAUUGAGAAGUUUUUGAAAUUCUGCGAGAGUUAUGGCGUGGUUGACCGCUUUUCGACCCCUUAUCUGUACCAGAAGCAAAACGUCAUGGCGGUUGUUAACACCCUCUGCCAGUUAGGAAGUACGGCUCAGAGCAAAGGCUUCUGCGGCCCCACCCUGGGACCAAAGAUAGCUGAAAAAAAUGAACGAGGCUUCACCGAGGAGGACAUAAAGGCGGGCAGGGAAGGUCAUAUUAGUAUGCAAGCUGGUACUAACAAAUUGGCCUCACAAGCAGGAGACCAUUAUGGCCGUCCAAGGCAGAUUGCUGGAGACACUGCUUACAACUAACAGACCAGCAACAACAAACCUUGAAAUGAAACCAAGAAAUUACUCAACACUGAUGGAUAUCAAUAUCUGUUUUUGAUUGGUGGUAGUUAUCAUAACUAACACUUAGUGACUUAUUGAUGGUAACAAUGAAUUUAAAGCACAAGAUAUACAGACAAAGUAUUUUUGUUUAAUGUUAACACUGCUGCUCUUAGUUUUCAUAGCUAAACAUGGUGCAAAUGGAUGCAUUUUGUGUUAAAUAAAUUUUGUCAGUUUUACCACCA